AUGGACAACCGCCCAGUGCAAAUAUUACAGCCGCCCCAGCAAGACAUAUCUCAAAAGCAAAGGAUCCCGGGGAUUCAAGAGGACAGGUCACACGAGCUACAGUCCUUAGACCCUCCUGUACAGAGCCAUGAGCAGAGAACUCCCACAAUUGAGGAUCAAACCUCACGUUUACCAUUCCGACGUUUGCUAUCAGCCUACCUAUGUCUAGCGGCCAUCUACUUCAUCUCCACCCUAGACAUCAAUUCCGUGGCGACUGCUCUACCCGCCAUCUCCCGAUCACUCGACGCCGGGAACAGCAUUACUUGGACCGGUACGUCCUAUUUAAUGGGCCAGACCGCGUUCCAAGCGCUGUACGGUCGGCUUUCCGAUAUCUUCGGCCGCAAGCCCGUACUCUUGCUGAGCGUGGGCUUUCUCGUCCUGGGCGACAUCCUGUGCGGGUUCUCGCAGACCGUCACCUGGCUAUAUGUGUGCCGCGCGCUCAGUGGUAUCGGCGGAGGCGGCAUCAGCUCCCUCGUGCAAAUCACCGUAAGCGACCUGGUCAGCUUGAAGGACCGUGGUAAGUACCAGGGCAUGUUGAGCGGUGCUAUUGGACUCGGGGCUAGCACCGGCCCUUUCAUCGCGGCGGCUAUGUUGCGUGCGAACAGUCGUGAGGGUUGGCGGUGGAUCUUUUGGAUUCCCCCGAUUCUUGCUACGGGAUGUAUGGCUGUUAUGUGGAUAUGUCUUCCGCUGAAACCGGUGUCUGGUAGCUGGCGGGAAAAGCUGGGGAAAAUUGAUUGGCUUGGACUGGCUGCGGCCAUUGCGUGUGUGGUUUUCUUACUGAUCCCACUCAAUUCUGGAGGGAGUAUCUGGCCGUGGCGUAGCGCACUAGUAGUCUCCAUGCUAGUCGUCGGGGGCUUCUUCUUUAUCCUGUUCGCCAUUAUUGAGAAGCGCUUUGCGAAGAUCCCAAUCAUUCCGCUGCGUCUCUUUGGCCAGGUACCUACGGCUGUCAUCUACCUCCAAAGUGCUCUGUAUAACUCCGUGUGGCAAGUUGACAUGUAUUUCCUCCCCAUAUAUUUCCAGGAUGUGCGAGGCUACAGUCCACUCCAGAGUGCAGCCCUCAUUCUUCCAUUAUUGCUUUUGCAGAGCGUGGCCGGUGUCAUAUCUGGACCCGUAAUGACGAAGCUGGCUCGGUACGCUCCAGUGCUGUACUGCGGGAUGGCGCUGUGGACGUUGGGCGCUGGUCUCAAACUCCUUUUUUCUCGAACCACGUCCACAGCGGUGUAUGUAAUUGUCCUGAUUAUCGAAGGGGCCGGCAUCGGCUUUGUCCUUCAGCCUGCCCUCGUUGCAUUACAAGCCCUGUCCAAACCCGAAGACCGUGCCGUGGCCACCUCCACGCGAAACUUGAUGCGAAUGCUCGGGUCCGUGGUAGGCAUGGCCUUGUCGACCGCGAUUCAAAGCACGGUCAUGAAAGCAGCGUUGCCCGUUGAUCUGCCGGCAUCGAUUCGCGAGCAGGUUGACAGUGGUAGCUGGGAGCGGGGACAACCAGACACGGUGGGAUGGGAUUCCCAAAUCUUGGAUGCCAAAAUGAAAGGUGUCCGAGCCGUAUUCAUCAUGCUGGUUCCGUUGGUAGGCUUGUGUUUUCUCGGAUGUUUUUUCAUUCCCAAUAGGGAACUUCCAGGGGAUCCCAAGCGUAGCGAGAAUGGGGAGGCUAGUCUGCGCCAAAAUUCAACCCACAACCCAUAG